UCCCAGUCAGGGCCAAGCCUUCGUCCAGGAUGGCUCUCUUUCUUAUCCUAGCUCUCUCCUUCUUCACCGUCGUGUCCUCCAGGCACAACUACACCAUCGACCAGAAGAUCAGGGACGACUCCGAUCUGUCUCAGUUUUAUUCGUUGCUGGAACGAGAUAAGGUAGCAAAAAGCACUCUAGAAUACAGGGCAGUUACUAUCUUCGCUCCCCUUAAUUUUGCUUUCCAAAAAUUCAAAGGAAAACCGGAUGAAUCCUUGGUGCUGUACCAUAUAACUAAUUCAGCUCAUAAGUUGAAUCAACUUGGAUAUACCGUUUCGUCUGAAUAUGAGGGCAACCCACCUCUUUGGGUUAGUCGAGUGAGAUAUGAAAACAAGGAUGAAAUAUACAUUAAUAAUGCUAGAGUAGUUCAACAAAGGUCAAAUUUCGUUCAGAAUAACAACUUAGGAAAGAAGCAAGUAUUGCAUAUUUUGGAAGGAGUUUUAGAACCAGUACGAUCUACAUCUCCGGAAGUGCCUAUUUAUAAUCCUAACGCGUAUGAAUUUAUGAAUUAUUCUGAAAGUCUUGAUCUUGAAAACCACAGGAUAAGAUCUUUCAGACAUCGUGUUAACUACAAUAAUAAGCAAAAUGUUUUUACGGCAGAAGGGAAGUUCACUUUUUUCAUACCCGUUGAUGAAGGAUUUCAGCCUCCUCCCAGGCCAGACAAAAUAGACGAUAAAGUAAUCGAUGGACACGUUAUUCCUGAUAAAGUUCUCUUCACAGCUCCAACUGAAGAUGGCCAAGAAUUUGAAACACUUUCUUACACAGAUACAUUGAAGGUUACAAUUUCAUUUAGUACCGAAAAGGAUGGAAAAGAAAUAAGAAAAUAUGUUAAAAGCCAUACUAUUGUUGGUGAUCAACAGCAUCCUAAUGGCGUCGUUUUAGCAGAAAUUGUGAAAGCAAAUAUUCCUGUUAGGAACGGUGUUGUACAUCUAAUACAUAGACCACUGAUGGUUGUCGAUACGACUGUUACUCAAUUUUUAGAGUCGUUUAAGAUUUUUGAUCCUGUGUUUGUAAAAUCACAGAGAAUAUUUGAGGGGAUCAGAAGCCAAGAUGAUCGCGAAGAUGGGCCUCUGUAUAAAUUGUAUGAAGUAAUUAGGGAUACGGAUGGUGACUUCAUGGAACGAUUAACUAGAAUGAGAGAAUUGACACUUUUUGCUCCUUCUAACGCUGCCUGGCGAGACCCGAGUUUGAAUCUCAUUAUGAGGGAUCGUAAUCGUAUUAGAGAUAUCCUUCACAUGCAUCUUGUCGAAGAGAAAUUGCCAAUGGAAACUAUCAUAUACAAGAACAUCAACCAGGCCCCCACACUGACUCCCCGCAAAAAUCUCUACUUCAAUGUAAUCAACAUCGGAGGCAAUAAGACGCUGACCGUAGAAGGAGGUGGUGUGAAUGCUACCGUUAUCCAGCCGGACAUAGCUGCAAUCAACGGCAUUGUUCACAUAAUAGACAGAGUCCUUGGUGUUGCUCAUACUACCGUUGGCAAAAAAUUAGCUGCAGACCCAAUGUUGAAUAAAACAUAUCAGAUGGGAAAAGCUCAAGGAUUCAACACUCAGCUUGACGAUAUGAAUAAAAGAUUUACUUAUUUUGUUCCAAGAGAUUAUGCUUGGAAAAAGCUUGAAACUCGGAAUCCUUCUGCUCAUAAGAAGCUCUUCAUGCACGAAUUCGCUUAUCAUGCAAAACAGAUAUUGGAGAGACAUCUGGUCGUGGCUGACAAAAGUUUCACUAUCGCCGAACUGGCAAACAUGACCCAGCACGAGGCCAAGCAGCUACCCACCGUUCGAGAUGUUGUCAAGUUCAAAGUUAAGGAAAACCAGAGAAGUUUUUACAUUGAAUGGAACAAUGAUUGGAUACACGUUUUCCGCCCAGACGUCGAAUGUACCAAUGGAGUGAUUCACGUGAUUGACAAGGUUCUUCUUAAGGAAAGUGACAUUUACGUGACCGGUUCCGGUUAUCAUCUCCACCCAACCUUCGGUUUCGUGUUCUGUCUUCUCCUUAGCCGCUAUUUGUAGGCAUUAGCAUGUUAAGAUUUGUAAUAAGAGUUUCUGUCUUUGUGUGUUAUUUUGACCGAAUUCGCAUGCAACGCUUUUCCUGGUAUGGGCAGUGGGAUGCUUGAAACGUAGAAAAACAAGAGCACACAACUGUCGUUAAGUAAGGAAAAGUAUGCAAAAAAAUAAAAUGUAUGAUCCCUAAUAUGAAAGUGAAAAAGUAGAGACCCUUUUUUUGAGUAAUUAAUACAAACCUAAGACAUAAAUGUGUUGACCAUUUGUUCAAGACUGACUGAUUUGAAGACAUAAUGGGUCUCUUUCCUCGAAUUUUCUUUUUCACUUUCGAUUUUUAUCAGCUGAUUCAAUUUAUUUUAAAAAAACAAAAAAAAUUAAAACCUAAAAUAGAAAUUUUAAAUUGUAGAAUUUGGUAAAACACACUAAGUUAUUAUUUCUAGCCAAAAUGAAUAAACAAAAAACUAUUUUGAUUUAUUUAUAUACUAAAAAAUAAUAUUGUUAAUUAUACAAUUUAUUAUUUUGGAUAUAUGACUAAAGGACUAGAUCGGUGCAUUAGAAGUCAAAAUAGUUGAAAUUUUAUUUCUGAUUUAGGUUAUGUUUAUUCAUUUUGGAAGUUUUGUAAGAUUCUUGGGGAGAAGAUCUAUGAAAACAGUCUAGUCUUUUUUUUUUUUAUUAUAAUUAUUAAAUUUGAAUAAAAUGUAUGCGUUUGUAUAAUUCAUCGUGUUUUAUUUUCGUUCUUGUGUUUACACAUUAUAUUUCUGAUUCAAAAUUGCACAAUUGUUAUUUAUUAAUACUAGAAAAAUAUAAUUUUGAUAAUUUUAAGAUAGUCAAAAUUAGAUUUCUGUAAAAGUAAUUGUCGAAAUAACUUUUCCUGGUAGAUUUUGUUUUCUUUUCUUUUUAUAUGAUAAGGCAGUUUUUUAAAUUUUAUUUUUUAUUUUUCUUCAAGCAAUUGAAGUUAAGAAAUUAAUUGAGAUUAAAAUAAAUAUUUAUUGUAUUAUUUUCUUUUGAGGUAUUUGGAACGUUUCACAUGUUCUUUUAUAAUUAUAUUAUUAUAGAAUUUUGAAUUUUUAGUUUUAAAAUAAACUGUAAAUGGAAUAGAAAAAUUCCAUAAAUUAAAUAUUAAAAAAUAAGUCCAAAUUUAAUGUUUAAAUGUUACUAAAUAAUAUAUGUACAUAUAAUCUGCAUCCAUAAUGCAGUUGUUGAUAUUUUUUUCUUGUAAAUUGAAGUUAUUAUAUGAUCGGAAAUUCUAAGAUUCUAUAUUCCAUAAUAUUGCAAUUUUAUUGGUAUUCUUCAAAUAUUGUAUUUGCACUAUUUUUUAUCGACCAGUAAUUUAUUAAUGAAACUACAGAGGACAAUAUAUAAAUUAUUUUUUGUAUUGUGUUCUGAUUCAUGUAUAAUAUAAGAUAUAUUACUUCAUAUAAAGCAUUUAUCGUGUUGGGAAUAACUUAUGUUUAAUUAAAUGCUAAAUAUUCCAUUUCUCAUUGUCCAUUGUUGUUAUUUUAUUUUUUCUAUUAAAGAUAUAAAUAGCCUUAUAGUAAAUGUCAGUGUGUAGUCAACUUCUUAACAACUAAAAUAAAAAAAAAUGUUAAAUAUAAAUUUGUGAAAUCUACUUGUUAUUGUAUGUUAGCCGUAAAAAAAAAAAAAAAAAGAUUCAUGGAUUAAAGUAUAAUUUAAAUGCUGUAAAUUUUAUAAUAAGGUGUAAUAAAAUAAAUCAUGAUACUGCCAAUAUUUAUAAAGCCUGUUGUGAAUUUAUUGCAAUUCUUUUAAAAACAUAUUCUGUACUGUUAUAAUUCUUAAAACUUUGUAAACAAAGGAAUAUGGGACUUAUAUAAUUAACUGUUUGGUUUUAACAGAAAGCUUAAUUUAAAAAAAAUAUAUAUGUUUGAAUUUAAAUGGCAGUUUGGCAUGGGUUAUACUUACGAGCAUUGCAUGUUUUGUCUCUACAUUAUCUAUUUUUGCAUUAUUUACCUCUGUUUUAUUUAGAUGUAAUAUAGAUAUUUUAGCUGUACUUCUAAAAUGAUCGAAUUUCACAGUAUAUUCACUUUUUAAAAUAUAAGUGUAAUAAUUUAAAAUUCAAAUCUAGCUCCUUCAAAUUACUGCUCAUCUUAUUUUAAUUAUAACUAUUUUAAUUUUUAACAUUUGUCAAUAAUUUGAAAGGUUAUCCUCAUGAAAAUUAAACAAUGAACAACAUCGAUAAUUAAAUUUUAUUUUUUAUCAUAUCUGUCCAUUUUUGGUUCAAAAUAUUUUUUUUUUAGCUUUUAAAAUCUUUGAAUUUAAGUAUUAAAAAUAAGGUUUAGAUAUUUUAAGAAAGCAACACCAUAUUUUUUGAGAUAAAGUUAUAGCAAACAAUUUUGGGAUCAUUUCUUUGUACACUAGCUUUCUAAUUGUUGGAAGAUAUAACCCAUAUAAAAUAGAAAUAUGUAUGAUUAAAAUAAAAUAAAAACAGUUACAAAUUAUUUGGAUAGAGUCUUUGAUUCGGUAAAGGUCCACAUAGAUUUUAAAAUGCUAUUUUUUAUAAUUUGGUCUUUUAUUGAAAUUUUAUUUUAAAAACGGCAAUAGUGGAAUUAAUUUAAGUGCGAGUAUUGAUGGAUUUUGUGCGCUAAAUGAAUGAAAUUAUGUUUUAAGGGUUUUCUGAGGAAGGGUAAAAGCUUUGAGUCCUAUGUAUAUUUAGGGAACAAUGUACAUACAACUUUGCAGUAGAAAUAUAAGCAUGGUUUAAAAUGAAUCUCAAGAAUUGCUGUUUAGAUCUGCCUUUCAUAAUUAUUAAUAACUUUACUUAUUUAAGAAAAAAAACAAGAAGAAAAGUGAAUUGUUCGCAAUACCAUAAGUUCAAUAUGCUAUUAAUGUUGUAAAUAAAUAAAUGUAAUAUAUGUUUUUUUCAUUAUGCAUGGACAUAAAUGAAUAAAAAUCUCUUAAACUUUACAUCAUGCUCUAUUCUUAUGCUAUUUUUUCUUUGAAACCUUUCUAAUUCUUACUAUGUGAAUCUAAGUUAUGAUUUCACAGUCAGAUGAGAAAAUAAUAUGAUAUAAAAUAAUAUUUGAAACUCGGUGCACUCGUUCCAGAUUCUGACCAUUUGGAAGCUAUCAGUUGCGGAGUUAUUUUGAACCCAAGGUAUGUCCUUUAUCUGUUAUUUGUGUCAUAGCCAUGAUCUUAUUUAUAUUCUAUUUAAAUGUUUUAUUCAUAAAAUAAAUGUUAAUAAGUUAAUUUAAUAAUUUUUUUUUUAAUUUAGGUUUUGAC